AUGGCUUCCUCCUCCUCCUCCGCCUCCACCCUCCUUCACUACGAUGACGUCGUCGUCGGUGCCGGCCAGUCGGGCUGUCCGCUGGCCAUUGCCCUAGCUGCUGCCGGCCGCAAGACCGCCGUCGUCGAGCGCGCCCACGUCGGCGGCACCUGUGUCAACGUCGGCUGCACGCCCACCAAGACACUGAUCGCGUCUGGCCGCAUGGCCCACCUGGUGCGUCGUGCCCGUGACUACGGCGUGGACCCAGGCCGUGAUGAUGUCGUCGCCGUCGACAUGGGCCGCGUGCGCCAGCGCCAGCGCGACAUGGUCUCGUCGUUCCAUGCUGGCAGUGAGGCGCGUCUGCACAAGGCCGGCGUGCACCUCAUCCGCGGCGAGGCCGCUUUUGCCGGGCCCAAGACGCUGCACGUGACCCUUGCUGGAACUUCCGCAACUUCUGAAAUCUCCGAAACCACCGAAACCCCCGCAAAAACAACCCUCCAGGCCGACCGCAUCUUCCUCAACGUCGGCGAGCGCCCCCUCUGGCCUAACAACCUGCCCGGCCUCGACGCCGUCGCCGACCGGUCGCACCUGCUGGACUCGACGUCUAUCCUCGAGCUCGAUGUCGUGCCGCGUCACUUGCUUGUCGUCAGUGGCAGCUAUGUCGGCCUCGAAUUCGCCCAGCUCUUCCGGCGUCUUGGCGCCGCCGUCACCGUUGUCCAGCGUGCAUCCCAGCUGCUGCCACGCGAUGACCCCGACGUUGCCGCCUGUCUCACCGACAUUCUGCGCGGAGAGGGCAUGACCGUCCACCUCUCGGCCGAGGUGGUCCACAUCCUCCUCGCUGCCGGACGCACUCCCAACACCGAGCGGCUCAACCUCGCCGCCGCUGGCAUCCGCACGACCACUCGUGGUCACAUUGUCGUCGACGAUCGUCUUGCCACCAGCUGUCCCGACGUCUAUGCUCUCGGAGACGUCCAUGGCGGACCGGCCUUUACCCACAUGGCCUAUGACGACUACCGCAUCCUCAAGGCCAACCUGCUGCCGUCAGGCUCGGCCCACACAAAAGACAUGACCACGGCCACCUCGCUGUCACGCCGUCUCGUGCCGUACGUCGUCUAUACGGACCCGCAGCUCGGCCACGUCGGCCUGCACGAGCGCGACCUGGCCACUGCGUCCGGCCACGGCCAUCACCGCCACGUCAAGACCGCCACCAUGCCCAUGAGCUACGUCGCCAGGGCCUUGGAGACCGAUGAGACUCGCGGCAUGAUGAAGGCCACCGUCGACGCCGACACCGGUGACACCCUCGGCUUCUCCUGUCUCGGCAUCGAGGGCGGGGAGGUCAUGGCCGUCGUGCAGGCAGCCAUGAUGGGCGACCUCAAGUGGUGGGACCUUGAAGCCGCCAUCUGGGCGCAUCCUAGUCUGGCCGAGAGCCUCAACAAUCUCUGGGCCUUGUUGAAGUGA